AUGAAGGUUUUUGGCAAGUUCAUUGCAGCCAGCUUAAAUAAACUGCCCCCUGCUGAUUUAAUCAUGGCGCAAGGUAAAAUUCAAAGUUUAAUGCAAAAAUAUCGAUUGAAUGCGUUAAAUAAGACCAGUUCUGCUUCUGAGGCUUCCGCAUUAACUGCAAUUCAAUCACCAACCCUUUCUUGGGAUUCACCUCCUGCAACUACUUCCGCAUACAGCACUAAUUACCCGGUCAUGAACGAGGACACAGUUGCAAAUGUUGAUGCUGCUAUCGGAGAUAUUAUCUCGCAAGCAUGGAGUUCGACAAACUGA